CAAUAGGAUGUGGGUAUAAAAGACGGCAUAUUUAGAGCAGGCAAUGUCUUGUUCCUUAUUCUGAAGCCGGAUUGUGUUCUGAGAGGUUCGUACUCAUGGAUUUACAAUACAGAUGGAUGGUUUUCUUGUAUGUGCUGGUAGUCCCGUGUUUCACAGAGGACAUCUACACAAAGCACAUGGAUAACUUCAUUAAAGUGGUGGAGACCAUUGAGUCCGAGAACCCUAGCCUCGGGCCUUUAGCUGUGCUGAGGGGUUUGCGUAAAGCUGCUGGUAUCAACACGCCAUUUAUCCAGCAUUAUCUUGGUCCCCUCGGUGACACACCGAGUCUUGUAUUAAAGUCAACACUCACCGAAUACAUCUACAGCAUUCUUAAACAUCAGGUGGUACAGGAUUUGGAGAAAGGUGUAGUACUCACAGCAGAUGGAACCACUGUGGCACUAACUCCUCUUCUGCUAGGCCUUGAGGCUGGUCUGAAGCUCACGUCUUGGCCGCGUGUGCCUGGUCUCUACCCUCUUUCUCUCACCAAGAACCUGCUUCUUUCAUUCCUUCAGCAUUCCCAGACUGAACCUUCAACCUCAUCACGUCUAGGUCCUGGCGGAUGUUGGGACAAUGUGAGAGAUCCUGAGGUAUUCACUCUUUCUGGUGUGGCCUCCUUAGCUACAGAUGCUCUAAUAAAUGGUGGCAUGGAUGGAGUUAUUUUAGGGAGGCAUGUUGCUAAACCUAACAAUCGCUUGGUAACAUUGAGCAGCCUUCUGAGACAGUACUACAAUUAUCAGUUGGACAGUGCAGGACUCGAUGGCGCACCUGCUUUGAUCAGCCAGCUUCGCAGAAGCAACUUCAGGAAGCUGGUCAGCCUUGCUUCACUGAAAAAGAAACUAGCUAGGUCUCUGAGUUUAUAUCGAAAGUUGGAUGAAUAUCAGAAGAAAAACAAGCAACAGGUGGAGAUGGAUGAAGGGCUGAAGGAAUUUUUCCACAGAUACAUAGACUGUCCAGCCAUCAUUCCACGUUGCAUGUGGGAAGCUCAGCCUUACCGCGGCACUCCCACUCUGCUGUCCCUGCCUUUAUCUUUCCUAUAUAUCCAUCACACUUAUGAGCCAUCCCAGCCAUGUCUGUCCUUCCAGCAGUGCUCUCUAGACAUGAGGGCUAUGCAGCGCUUCCAUCAGGAUGACCGUGGCUGGGACGACAUUGGAUACAGCUUCGUGGCUGGUUCUGACGGCUACGUGUAUGAAGGGCGUGGCUGGCACUGGCAAGGUGCUCACACCAAAGGAUACAACUCCAAAGGUUUCGGAGUCUCCUUCAUAGGAGACUACAUGUCCAGCAUCCCUUCCCAACGCACCAUGGAUCUAGUGAGGAACCAGCUGGCAAAGUGUGCCACAGAGGGAGGGAGGCUGGUCUCAAACUUCACCAUACAUGGGCACAGACAGCUGGUGAGCACCUCCUGUCCCGGAGAUGCAUUUUACAGUGAAAUCAAAGGAUGGGAGCACUUUGGGGAGGUUAAGCAGUAAAGUGGACAUGAAACAUCUUAAGACGUCUGCAUGAAACAUUUGCAUUUUGCAGAAUAAGCUGAAUAAAACCUGCAGAAUAAAUAUAUACUUCAUAUACUCCA